UUGCACCCACCGGAGGGCUAUCAUGAGUGUUUAUAACCAGCGAUUCUCUCUCGCCAGCUUUUCACUCAUUUCUCCGUAUCGUCGUCGGUUUUAACGCCACGGUGUGAAACAACAGCAACACGGCGGGUGUAGCAGGAUGUAAAAGGAAGCCGGUGAGCUGUGACUCUCCCCGUCUUUGUCUCUCCGUGCAUCUGAAUGUACUGUGAGCAGCCCCGGCCUGCCGGAGAGGUGCUGUGCUCAGUGAUCGUGCUGCACUAGGAGAACCUAUGGCUUCUGGCCCACCUCCCUCUGCAGGCUGCAGGCUCAGGCUGCUUGAGUUGUUGAUUGUGGCCGUGUUGGCGUUGCUGGUGUCUGGGCUGGCACCAGCAAUGAGUCAGAAGGUAUACACUAACACAUGGGCUGUCCACAUACCUGGAGGUCCAGAGGAAGCAGAGCGAAUUGCCAGUAAAUAUGGUUUCAUCAACCAUGGACAUGUAUUCGGUGAUUAUUAUCAUUUCCGACAUCGCAGAGUGGUAAAGAGAUCGCUGUCAGACCACAGGGGGACAAAGGUUCUUCUACAAAGAGAUCCAAAGGUGGCAUGGGCGGAGCAACAGUUGGUAAAGCGCAGAAAAAAGAGAGAUGUCUUUGCAGAACCGUCGGAUCCCAAGUUCAGAGACCAGUGGUAUCUGUACAACGGCAACCACCGGGACCUGAAUGCCAGAGCUGCGUGGCAGCUGGGCUACACAGGGAAAGGUGUGGUGGUGUCCAUCUUAGAUGAUGGAAUAGAGAAGAACCAUCCUGACCUGAUGCAGAAUUAUGACCCAGAUGCCAGCUACGACGUGAACGACGGUGACCCAGAUCCUCAACCUCGAUACACGCAGCUGAAUGACAACAGGCAUGGAACACGAUGUGCAGGAGAAGUGGCAGCAGUGGCCAACAAUGGGAUCUGUGGAGUCGGUGUGGCUUAUGAUGCAAAGAUUGGAGGUGUGCGUAUGCUGGACGGUGAGGUUACUGAUAUGGUGGAGGCCCAGUCUCUCAGCCUGAAUCCCCAACACAUCGACGUCUACAGUGCAAGUUGGGGCCCAGAGGAUGACGGCAAAACCGUUGACGGACCUGCCAAACUCGCCAAGGAAGCUUUUCUGCGUGGAGUCACAGAGGGUCGUGGCGGUUUGGGCUCCAUUUUUGUGUGGGCUUCUGGAAACGGAGGAAGGGAGAAGGACAGCUGUAACUGCGAUGGCUACACCAACAGCAUUUACACCCUGUCCAUCAGCAGCUCCACGCAGAACGGCAACGUUCCCUGGUACAGCGAGGCCUGCUCCUCCACCCUCGCCACCACUUACAGUUCGGGGAACAUCAAUGAAAAACAAAUAGUGACUACAGACCUGAAAUCAAAAUGCACAGACUCUCACACUGGCACCUCUGCUUCCGCCCCACUGGCUGCUGGGAUCAUCGCUCUCGCCCUGGAAGCCAAUAAAAACUUAACUUGGAGAGACAUGCAACAUCUGGUUGUGCGAACUUCUCACCCUGCCCACCUACUCGCCAAUGACUGGAGAACCAAUGGGUUUGGACGCAAAGUUAGUCAUUCAUAUGGAUAUGGUCUACUGGAUGCCAGUGCAAUCGUAUCGCUGGCAAGUACCUGGACCAGUGUGGGGCCACAGCGAAAAUGUGUGAUCACCAUGCUCAGUGAGCCAAGGAACAUUGGCAGCCACUUAUACAUUAACAAAACUGUAGACGCCUGCUUUGGGUCAGACAGUUUUGUGACCUCAUUGGAGCACGUCCAGGCCCGGCUCACCCUGUCAUACAACCGGAGAGGAAACCUGGCCAUCCAUCUCAUUAGUCCUGCCGGCACACGCUCCACCCUGCUCCACCCAAGACCUCACGACUACUCAUCAGAGGGUUUUAAUGACUGGGCUUUCAUGACCACCCAUUCAUGGGAUGAGAACCCCAAAGGGACGUGGAGACUGGAAAUUGAGAACGUGGCUGGAGCCAGUGACUAUGGCACUCUGACCCAGUUCAUCCUGGUACUGUACGGCACCAGCACGUCUUCCAGCUCCUCUGACGACUCUCAGCCGAGCAACAACAGCUGCAAGACUUUGGAUCUGAGAAUGAUAUGCAUCGAGUGCAACAGCGGCUACUACCUCUUUCAGCAGAUCUGUGUUAAAGAAUGUCCAGCAGGCUACGCGGUGGGCUCUCAGCCCCUCAACUACACAGUGGGAAACUUUGUAGAGCUCGCUUCCGUCCCGGCCUGCCUGCCCUGCCCGCCGGCCUGCCUCACCUGCAGCGGCCUCAGCCCUCAGACCUGCCUGUCCUGCCCCCCCCACAGCUCCCUGGACCCCGGCUCUGGCACCUGCGUGCACCUCAACCAUUACAUGCGUGAGUCCCCCGGCAGCUUCAUGGUGGGCCAGGGAACCCCGAGAUCGCAACUGGACCUCGGCUCACAGCUGCCCAUCACCAUCGCCGUGCUCAGCUGCAUGGCCAUAAUCGCCACCUUUGCCGGCAUCUUCUUGAUGCUGCAGCUGCGCUCAGGUGCACUCAUCAAGCUGCCCACUCUGGAAGCUGGCGGCGGCUUCAGGGGCAACUUCAGCCUGGGGGGAAACAGGAUGGUGUCGUACCGCGGCAUACCAACAAUGUGGGGGGAUGACGGGGUGAAUACAGACUCCGAAAACGAAGAGUUUGGCGUCCAAAAUGAGAGGACUGCCUUUAUCAAAACACAAAGUGCUCUUUAAUGCUUCCCCCGUGUCCCUCCUUCUCCUCUCCUGCUUUUAAAAUGCUCUCACCCCCUUUUCUCUCGGAUAAUUCAGGGCUGUGGUAAUUGUCUUUUCACAGUCUCUUCUGAUUUUUAUUCCCCAUCAGGUUUUUUUUUCCCUCUUCUUUUCUUACUUACUCUUUCUGAGACUUGUUUUGGGAUCUGGUCUUCUACUCUGCUGUGGUAGACCUGCUGGGGACUAGCUGUUUCUCAAAGCCGGGGAUGCCUGAGGUGUGCUCUCUUCACACUUGGGUGCAUUUCUAUUUAAGUGGAUCUCCCUCCUCUUGCCCCCAUUUGCAAUUGGUGUUUUUCGGCGCAGAGCCCAUUUUCCCCUCCAGCUCCAGCUUCUUUUGUGUUACAGUAAACAAAUUAUUACCAUUUGCUUUUUUCCCUCUCCUUUUUUUCUUUUUAUUAACCCUCCCUCCAUUAGUCUCAGUGCAGUAGCCAAAUGAGAUUGUUGAAUCUGAGUAGUUGUGGGUGUGUGUGUGUGCGUGUGUGUGUGUGAGAGAGAAUAUGAAUGUCUAGAUCUGAUCAGCAGUGAAUAGUGUAGUGGCCGUAAUGGACAAAUUAAAGUGUGUCAUAUUCUUUAGUUUUUUAAGGGAGUAAAAGCAAAAUGAAAUGUAUCAUGAGGCAUGAAAUUCAGUUGGAAACAUUUUGUUUCCUUCAAAUUUUCAUUUACUCACAGCAGCAUCUGAAAAUGUGCUGUGAAUAAUGCCACAUAUCAGUAGUGAUUUGCAUUUUUAAAGUGCAUUUAAAAUUGCAAGAAUCAAAAGUGUAACACAUCAUCAGGUAGAUUAACACAGACUGUCUGUAAGCCUUCUGGAAAUGGCGUCUCUACCGUCUUUCAUUUUAUCAUAAACAAUAGUAGUGUUUUCUUUACACCGAAUCAUUAGUUUAAGCGGUCGCUUUUUAAAACCGGUGUAGUUCCCGUCGUGCAGAACGCCUUUCUGCUCUGGAAGAACAAACUCUGAGUCACUCGACUUGCAAAGCUUCAUUCAGCCUUUUGGAAUUCCAGAUAAACUGAAGUUGUUCUCAUUUGGCAAAAUAGAAAGUCUCCUGUACCCAUGACCUCCCAACCCAAACAUGGGAGGGUUUCCAGAAACGACAAGAAAAUAAACACACACAUACUUUCUCUUCUUAGCCAACCCUGUGGCACAAUCCCUUCCAGGAAUCUGUGUGUGUGUGUGUGUGUGUGUGUGUGUGUGUGUGUGUGUGUGUGUGUGUGUGUGUGUGUGUUACAGCAGCUGGCAGUUGCCAAGUUACCUAUGAUUGAUUUCUUUACAGAGCAGACACGGUCACAAUACAUCAAGGCUUUCCUUUUGUCGGAGCACAUAAGCGCUGCAAACAUGCACCUUGUAUCAUAAUGACGUAACGUGAGUUUGUGUGUGAGCGUUAUCCUGCUGCUUGUGAGGAUGGGAAGUGCUUAUGUGCCCUCUGAAGUGAAGGUUUCCUUUUCCUCCUUCAUCUCAGUCUCUGCUCUCUUUAGAUCUCGAGUAUUGUUCAAAAAUCCCACAUUGAUGUCCCACAGCUCAUCAUCAUCAUCUCUGCACUCUCCCUCCGGUCUUCAUCCAUUCUGAAUCUCCACAUAAUCUCCUCAGUGUACUUUGGCAAAUAUAUUCCAAAUGAUAAUGCUGCGAAGUAUUUAUUCUGAGAGAUUUUAAUCAUACCUAUAGGGAACUGGUUAUUUUAAAGUCAUCUCAUUACCACCCCACCACGCUGCAGGCUGCUUAUCAUCUUAAAUAUGCUUCUCAUUGUUUAAUCCACUGUUGCCAUUUUGAUUCCACUGUUUUCUUUAUUUUCUUUUGUUGAUAAUUUUUCUUUUUUUUCCCGAUUUACAAAAACAGUGGAGCUUGCUAAGAGAGGUUGUCAUGGUGAUGACGUGCAUAGAAGACUGCGGCUGCUCAUCCUUUUAUCUACCUCUCAUAUCAUACAGCAAGGUUUCAUAGGAAGUUAAACGAGGGCUGUUAAAUGAUUGUAGAGGUCAAACAUAUAUAUAGGUUAUGAAUACGCUUAAGAAAUAUUUAGGAGAAUAGGCAUAUUUGAUAAAUUCAUGUUUAAAAGAAAAAGAAUCAACUGCAAUCCACAAAGCUGCUGUGUAAAUUGUUACUCUUCCCUUAAAUUUAUUGCCUUCAUGGAUCAGCAUUAACCUGGGCUUUAAAAUCUAUCACUGAAAUACAGCUUUUGAGCGCUAAAUCAACCUAAAAUUGUCAGCGACGUCUGCUUUUUCAUCUUCAAGUAGGCAUCUCCUCCAGGAGUUGAGUUUUUUUUUCUUAUAUUUCUGUCAUUGACAAUCAAUUUCCUUGUCUUGAGGCAAGAAGAUGAAGAGGCACACAAAUCAAUUUUCCCUUCUAAUUUAACAACUUGUGUAAAAAAAAAAAAUAUCCACAGGAGGUAUUAUUCAUAAAUAUGCAAUCAAGUGUGGUUUAAAUUGAAAAAUAUAUUCAGAGGUCAACUACUUAUUUAGAAAAAAGGCAAAAUCUAAAAUGUGUAAAGUGAAUUAUGAUUGUUAAAUCAGUACCUGCCUAAAUCCGUCUUCCCAGGGAUGGAGAAAGAUCGGCAUGGAGGCUGUCAAACCACAUUACUGAGCCAGGAAGUUGAAUUCACCUCCGAUGGCUCAUGCAGGUGUAGCACAUUUCCUUUACUGCAGCAGUCUCCAGAGCAAAACCUCAUAAUGCGAUUUUGGAGAAAAUACCCUCAAAACCGACUAAGUUAUUGGCAUGAGCGUAUGCUGCAGGGGUUUGCGUGAUGUACAUUAGUGCCUACUGCUAUUUAAACUUUGAUUGGUCCGGGUUUAAAGAGGGUGCCAAUUUAAUUCUGGCCCUUUAGAAGUCGGCCACAAAAUCUUAUUGACUGCCCAGCUUGAUGCAAAGUGUGUAAACAACAGAUAAUCGCUGAUGCACCAUUGCUUCCAAUUAAACUCUUAAUGCGUAGAGUUUGAUUUGUUUUAAGAAUGAAAGUCAACAUAAUGAAAAAUGCAUUUUCCCUUUAUAUCGCUUCCAGAAAUAUUAUUUUUUUCUUUCAAAUAUGUCACUAUGAGCCCAUGAGUGCACACAGUGUUUUUUUUUUUCUUUUUAUCUUAUGUUAAUGUAUUCACUACAAGUUGAAAACUUUGAUUUGAUGGAUGUAAAUCUCAUUGCAUUGCGUUUAACUUUAAACAGAAAUCCUGAAUGUUGCUGCAUUUAGCAUCAUCAUGCUUCCAAAGCUGCUGAAAACUCUGAUUAGCCAGCUCAUCCUUUCACUGCGAGAAUGUGACGGAAACUGCACACUUAAGAGGAGCAGCUUCUCCACUUGCGCCAGAGAGCAGCGGGUGAUUACAAGGCCACCACCUGUCUUGUAGUAAAGCUGGAAGCUUCUUAAAGGUAAGAGUCUUCUGCGCAUCAGGAGAAGGCUCACAAAUAAAUCAUGUCUUUACAUCACUGAUUAUUUUCACGCGGAGCUCGAUGUUGCUCCUGUCCUGCUUUAGGAUUUCAUCUGAAGUUACCAACAUGAUGUUGGGUGUAGUUAAUAGGAGCAAUAUCUUUGGCAUAACCAAAGACAAUCAUUUUAAUGCUGUCUGUUAAGUACUAGAUUGUGUUGCAUUCAGGUCGUCGCUGCCCAUCGAUCCCCUUCAGUUGUGUUCAAAGUGUUUUGUUUAGACCAUUCUGUCAUCCCUGCCUUUUUUGAAGACCUGUUGGGACACCGUGCGUGUUCAGCAGCUGUGGGAAGAGGGAAGAGGUGAAAUGUAUCCCAUCACCAUUACCCUAAGGGCUGAAUCAGAUCUGCGCGUGUCCACGUGUGCACAUGCCGGAUGAAUUGAAACGACACACUUUGUGAUGGAGGGACAGUCAGUGGAGCAGCUUCAGUAGACCCUGUUGACCUUCUCCUGCCUCUCCACGAGGCUCCUGACCUGUGGCCGCACACAGUACCUUACAGAUUUGUGACCUAUGAUUAAUGUACAAGAAUGACUUACAUGGGACAUAACUCUAAAAUAAGGCCUAUUUUUGUACUAUAUGAAUGGUGCAGUGUAAUUUUCUUGUAAUUUAAAGGUUGUUUUUUUUUUGCUCUUGAUUUCUCCUUUUUAUUUAAUUGAUGUCAAUUAUAGAUUCUACUAAAAAUAAAGAUCUAUGCAAAUUUAAA